AUGACUUCUAAUGAAAAAUUUAUGAAACAAGCAGUUGUUGUGUUGCAGCGUAUUAAAAUUCUUGGCUGCAUGAAAUGCCCAGUAGCAUUUUCAAACAUGGGCGAUUACAAACUUCAUAAAUUGAAGCAUGACCUUGAAAACAUACGAAAACGAAGGCAAGAAAAGAGUAAGAAGUAUUAUCAAUCUAAUAAAGAAGGUUUUGAGAAAAAAAUUCAGUGUGACGAGUGCGAUAUGAAGUUUGUGGAAAGGAGCACACUAGAAGCCCAUUCUGCCCUGCACAAGCCUUUCCCACAUGUGUGUGACUGUGGAGUAGGAUUUUAUGUAUAUAAUGACUUAAAGUGUCAUAUGGAACUAGUUCAUGCAGAUGAAGAUGGUGUGAACCAAUCAAAAGUAAAAAACCAAAAGAAAAAUAAAAAAAUACAGAACCAAAAGGAAAAUAUGCCAAUUAGGAGCAAUAAAAGAACUAAAUAA